AUGUCAACACCGGCGAGAAGAAGAUUAAUGAGAGAUUUCAAGCGGGUCCAGCAGGACUCCGCGGGGGGCAUUUCUGCGUCGCCUUUAGCAGACAACGUGAUGAUCUGGAACGCUAUAAUCAUCGGCCCACAGGACACACCGUAUGAGGACGGCACCUUCAGACUCCGACUCACUUUCGACGAACAAUACCCAAGCAAGCCUCCAGUGGUGCGAUUCACGUCCGAGAUGUUCCACCCGAACGUUUAUGGGUCCGGCGAGCUGUGUAUAGACAUUUUGCAGACACGGUGGUCGCCCACGUACGAUGUGUCGUCGAUUUUGACGUCGAUUCAGUCGCUUUUGAACGACCCCAACAUCAGCUCGCCCGCCAACGUUGAGGCUGCCAACUUGUACAAAGACCAUCGCAGCCAGUACGUCAAGCGGGUGAGACAGACCGUGGAGAAGAGCUGGACAGAGGACAUGUUUGAUGUGGGCGAGGACGAGGACGAGGACGAGGAAGAGGAGUCUGGCGAGGACAAUUAA